AUGACCCGGCGCGAGAUGGUCGAGGCCCUGUCCAAGAUUGGCACCCUGAGACCUGCUUCCGAGGUCCUGGCCGGGCCCAGGCAACCGGAAAGAUCCCUGGCCCAGCUGCCGACCCAGACGAUGCUCUCCAACCGGGACUUCAUCUACUUUGACUACUUCCGCAGAGCAACAGCCCCCAACACCGACGCCCUGAUCCCCUCGGCCUUCUGGGGCCAGGACCUCCUGCAGCUUGCCCACACCGAGCCCGCCAUAUGGCACGCGACGUUGGCUCUCGGCGCCCUGCACCGGAGAUGGGAGCUCGAGUCGGCCGGACCAGAGACGGAGAACCUCGUCCGGAGUGCCACCUCACACUACGGCAAGGCACUGUCCCUGGCCAAGGACCUGCGCUCGCCGGCCAAGAUCCUCGCCCUGAGCCUGCCCUUGAUCGCGUCGGCCAACAUGCUGGGCUUCUGGGACGAAUCCCACCUACAUAUCCUGUCCGCCUUCAAGAUCCUCGCCCAGGAUUCUGGCCGGAUGCCGGAUGCGCAGCGGAUUGCGUCGACCUUGACGCGCAUGGAUAUCCAAUCCAUCACCUUCGACGACUCACGCUCGCCUUACCCAUUCGCCGAGGCCGCUGCGGUAAGGAGUACCAGCCAGGGCAUGGCGACGGCGACCAUCGAGUCGUACACACAGGCUUCUUCGACGGUUUUUGCGCUGAUCCGGGAGGCCAUGAUCAACGAGGCGGCGUAUACCGAGGGCAUUGUCGACGAAGCGACGUACCAGUUCGUCCAGGCAGAUUUGCGUGACAAGACGCAGCGAUUCGAAAGUCAAAUGGCCGAGUUCGAGGCUGGGAAUGGCAGGUCACUCAACGUAUCUGCCGCCAUGACGAUCCGCAUCUACCACUGCUGGCUCAGAUUUAUCUUCACAUUAGCAGUACCAUGUCCGGAAUCCGACUUCGAUCUGCGGCUGGGCUAUUUUCAACGCGUUAUCACCCUAGCUUACGCCGUCAUGAAAAGACAAGCCGUGUCGAAAUCUGUCCAACUCAGCCUGGAGCCGGCGUUGGUAGCACCGCUGUUCGACGUGGGAAAGAGAAGUAGACACCCGGCUUUGCGACGCCAUGGCCUGCAACUCUUGCAAGGGAUGAACCGACACGAGGGGAUGUGGAGAAGCGACGGGGCGGCGAUGGCGCUCAAGGCCAUCAUAGAUAUCGAGGAGAGCCAGAUGGCGUAUAGCGCCGAGAUGGUAGGCAGCAUCGAGAACUACUGCGCGGUUCACUCGAUGCAGGAGGAGGCGUCCGCAGUUCCCUGGGACGCGUGGGCUUCUCCGGGCUACGAACCUCCUACCAACUAUUCGUGGCUGGGGAUCGAUCCCAUCCCUGAAGACCAGCGCGUCGCGAUAGUCGGGGUUUUGUCGCGGUUUGACUCGCGGCAGCUGGACCUGGAAUUGGCAAUGAGUUCGUCUGCCCCUUGCCGGCGGCCUGGACCCUCCAAACGUGUUACGAUCCAAUUCUAG